AUGGCUUUCGGCGAGCCUCCCCGUGGGCACAGCACUUGCCACCGGACGCUGUAUGGACUCAGCUUCCACACUGCGACGGGUACGGCCUGGUCCUUGCACUACCAGGGGCAAGGAGGAACGCUAUGCCUGGUGGGGGUGAGCACCCCAUCUCAUGACAAAGCAGUUCUCCAGGGUCUGCCCCACUUUUCUGUAAACCUGGGGGUCCAGCCCAGUGCAUUGGCUGAAAGGAGAGGAGACGCCUCCUAUCCCAGCUCACGGUGCUCUGCCGACCCCAUGGCCCGCCCCAACCCUGGUGCUCUGGGGGGCCCCAAUGCCAUAGAUGCACUUCAUGGGGAGCAACUGGGGCUGUUCCCGAGGACCAAGAUGGGCAGAGACCCUGAAGAUGUCCAUGGAUUGACCCCUGCUCUCUGUGGGCCCUGCCUGGCUGGCUUCCCCUCCUCACACUCUCCACAGUUCUCAUGCAAUGCAGCGCCUCUAAAAAUGCUGUCCUGA